AUGCAUAUCUCUGCGAAUGAUUUAGAAGAUAGGCAACUAUACGGAUUGAGUCGCGACUGCAAAUCUCUCGUCAACUAUUUUCAUUCCGGCUUUCGUAUGGUUACGAUACCACAACGCUAUAUCGAAAAAGACGAUAAAUUCUCGCUUACUGAAGGAUUUCAGUCAAUAUUAGACCGGAUAUUUGGUAAUUCCGUGGCACGGCACGAUGCAACUCCAUUUUGUGUCGCCGACAAAGCCAUGUCCAUCAUUUCGAACGAGCACGCGAUCUUCCAAGUUUCCGACUUUACUAUUUUUCUUGUCUGCGCCCGACCAUUGCUACAUGUCCUUCUUACCCGGGUCAGUGCCAGCGCUCAUAAUACAAACAGUGAAACUAUCGUACUUCUCUAUGAUUUCCAGCAAGUAUUUCAAAUACUGGGACAGAUAUAUGGUGAUAUAUGGGGAUCCACCGUGGUGAGCGGUAAGUCUGAAAUUGGCCAAGAGCCGAGACUGCAAGCUAAGCGACAUUCGCAGACUGCCGACUGUAGUACUUCCGUAGAGGCCAUGCACUAUAAGCUUUCUGUGUUUUCAUGGCUGAUCCUAGUCAAAAAUGACAAUCUUUCAGCUCGAAGCCCGUCCUCAAAGUUUGCGUUUUGGCUAUACGUUGUUCCAGAUGCUUCAUUCAUGUGA